CCGCCGCCCGUUGCCGCGGCGGGCGCGGAGGGGCAGUCGCCGGUUCGGCCGGGCCAGGUGCGUUGGGAGCCGUUGUUCCAGGUGCGCCGGGAUCGCCCAGUUCCGGCGGGACAGGGAUUUGGGGAGAUAAGAUGGAGCCUUCCCCCUUCAACAGAAGGCAAUGGACUUCCCAGUCUUUGAAAAUCACUGCAAAAGAGCUUUCCCUGGUCAACAGGAGCAAGUCCUCGGCCCUCGCGGAGAGGUUCUCCAAGUAUCAGAAAGCUGCUGAAGAAGCCGCUGCUGAGAAGAAGAGAAGUAACGCGGAAAAUCUGCCCGCUCACCUCACCAGGGGGAACCUCAGCCUGCUGAAGAAGAAGUGGGAGAAUCCCGCGGCCGCCGGGGUAACGGUGCGGAGCGGCUGCGCUGAGGUGAGACACAAGGUCGGGACCCCUUCGCCAUCCGCGGGGGCUGGAGCUGCCCCUGGCCAUCCGCAGGGACCCGCGGGUGACAGCGCCGAGCCCCACGGGCGCUGCCGGGAGGGUGGCAGCAUGGAAAACUGCGGCGGAGAGCCCCGCGGCGUGGAAAAGCCCGAGGCCAGCGAGAGGUCGGAGUCCCCGGGCAGGAUCGAGAAGUACAACGUGCCCCUGAGCAAGCUGAAGAUGAUGUUCGAGAAGGGUGAAGCCCCUCAGUCCAAGCAGGGCCCCCGGGAGCCGCGGAGGGCGGCCGUGGGCAGGAGGAUUUCGGAGCACAGCCUCUCCUUGGAGGACUGGGACAGCGCCCAGGAGAGGAGCCACAGCACAGCAGGGUAUCUUGUAGAGAGCAGUCCAGGACUCAGCCCAGACAAGGCAGAGCUCAGGAAGAACCUGGACAUGCCCCGUUUAUCAGAGACAUCAAUUAAGGACAGGCUGGCCAAGUACCAGGCAGCUGUGUCCAAGCAGGGCACUUCCUCAGGCAUCAUUCCCAUGAGUGAGAUUCAAGCCAGUGAGAGUGAACUCAAGAAUUACAAAUCUGGGCAGAAGGAGAAUAUGGCACCAGUUGAGGACUCCAGUUCCUGGCAGGAUGGGGAGAAGGUUUCUGUAGGUGAAAACAGCUUGUCUUUGCACUCUGGUCUGCUGGAGGAUGGCCAUGGUGGACAGUCAGAGAUGGAGGCAGAAGCUCAGAAAUCUGUCAGCUCAAAGCAGCAGAACCUUGGUGCUAAAGCAGCUGGGCAGACAGAGGCCUCCCCACCGAAAGCCGUGAAGAAAUUCCAGUUGCCAAUGAAGGAAACCUGUGUUGGGUGUCAGAAGACCGUGUACCCCAUGGAAAGGCUCUUUGCCAACCAGCAGGUGUUUCACAUCAGCUGCUUCCGCUGCUCCUAUUGCAACAGCAAACUCAGCCUCGGGACGUACGCGUCUCUGCGUGGCAACAUCUACUGCAAGCCUCACUUCAAUCAGCUCUUCAAGUCCAAAGGCAACUAUGAUGAGGGCUUUGGGCACAAGCAGCAUAAGGAGUUGUGGGCAGGUAAAACUGAAUGUGAAGAAUCCCCGGAGAAAACCGUCCCAGGUGUGAAUUCACCAGAAACUCCACAGAGCCCGGGAGUAGAGGAUGCUCCGAUUGCAAAAGUGGGAGUCCUGGCAGCAAGUAUGGAAGCAAAAGCUUCAGCUGUGCCUGAAAGGGAAGAAAGACCAGCAGAAACAAAAAAGCUCAGGAUUGCCUGGCCACCUCCAUCUGACCAAAGUAUCCAAGGAAGUGCCUUAGAUGAGGGCAUCAAAGUACUCAAACCCAAGUGGCCUCCAGAAGAAGAGAUUUCCAAGCCUGAGGUGCAGGAGGAUGUGGAUCUGGAUCUCAAGAAGUUAAGAAGAUCCUCCUCGCUGAAGGAGCGAAGUCGCCCCUUCACAGUGGCAGCCUCAUUUAGAACAAUAUCUGUUAAAGGCCAUAAAACAGAGAAUUCACCAUCUCCUUCCAAGGAAGAGAGAGACACAUUGAGAAGAAGUGAGGAACUGGAGAGAGAGGUUGUCAUGGAGAAAAAGCAAAAGGAAAAGAAGGUUGAGCAUAGGAACAUCCUGAACGCUGGGGAGAAAAAUGUGGAGGAAGAACAGGAAUUGUGUGGUAUCAAAACAGCAGAGCAUAACGUUGUAGAGAAUGGCCAGAUGAAUGCAGACACAGAUGAGGAAGAACACGCUACAGAGGAGCCGGAAAUCCCAAAGGAAGAACUCCUGGAACCAAAUUCUCCUAAACAUUCCAGCUUAGCCAAUGCUGUGACCGCUAAGGAAUCAUCUCCAAACCAGAAUCGCAAAUCCCAAGACGUUGGUUUUUGGGAGGGUGAAGACAUGGAAGAUCUGUCCGUGGAAGAACAGAUCAAAAGGAAUCGCUGCUAUGAAGAUGAUGAUGAGUAAAUUGGCCUUUUACUAGAAAACUUGCUGCAAGGUGCUGGGCCUUUUGAAAUGGGUAUUUUUAGCUUUAACAAACAGCUCUCCUGGAUGAAGUGAUGCUGCACUGCACAUCAGCAUUAAGGGAAUCUACCUACAAAUUAUCUCAGCUAGAAAACUCUGGAAGCCUGCAAAUUCUUUAGGUGCAUGGAGCAAGUGUCUGGCUGUGGGAUGGCUUCAGCAGGAAGUGUCUGUCCCCAGCACGAGAACAGAGCUGUUCUCUGUCUUCUCCCUUUGAGCUUCAAUAGUUAUUUCACUAACAGUUUAUGGAAUUCCACUGUACUUGCCCUGCUGGUGUGGGACAGAGCCUCUGGAACACACCACCCGUACCACUACAAAUGCUACUGCAGUGCUUAGGGACCAACUUCAAAGGGACUUUCUGGCCUGCUUUAAAAUGGUCACUUAAUGCACUUUAAUACAUGGAAAGGGCACAACUGGGCUUUUUUUUUCUUAAUAAUAAAAGCAUUUCUGUGUGUAGUGUCCCAACAACUAAAGCAUCCUCCAUUGAGUGCAAUGUGAAUUUCUCUCUCAAACCUGCCUGUGAUCAGUUGAGGAGUCCCUGCACAACUGGAAUGGUGCCCACUGCUGGACCAUGUGUAUUUCAGUGCUAUCCCAGGAGCUGUGCUGGCUGCCAGGCCUCUGCAAAAGACAAAUGAACACUUUGGAGCAGCCUGCAGGGCAUUACUUCUGCAUUUCACACGCAUUUGAAGUGGAGUUUUUUGUUUGUUCGGUUGUCUUUUUUUACUUGGAGUUCUUAAUCAUAAUUUUAAACUGCAGAUAAGAUUUUUAAGGCCUUUUGACCACUUUGAAAUCCUACUUUUAUCAAGCUGCCAUAAAUCUUUUCCUUACAGCUGUGAAAUUGUGCUGCAUUGCAAAAAUCUCUGGAAUCAGUGACACUUUCCAAUUGCCAGUGUUGAAGAUCAGAACAUUUUUUUAACUUGACUUCAAUUAUUUUACAAAUAAUAAAAUCUUGAAUGGGGGGAGGAGGAGGCCCUUUUUUUUAAUUAGCUUUUAUUUGUACUGUAUUCUCAAGAGAAUUAGAUCUUAAUGAUUCUUGAGGUGUAAAAUAUUCUGCUUUCUUAACAGUUCUGCUAAUGACAAAACCUUCAAUAAAGUUUGGGUCAUUUCCAUUAUAA